CAGUGUGAGCACAUGGGAGGGGAAAAUCCCAAUCCCGGCAACACUCGCGAGGCUCCUGGCACAAAGCUGGACAGUCGCCAUGACAACAUGAAGACGCUGGAGGCGCCGCUGGUAGCUCCGGACUGCCUUCCUUCAGACCAGGCCCCAGCUGCAGCCAGUCUCCCUCCCCAGGCUUCCCUGAUGGAUAAAGAUACGGACCCUGAACUGAUGCCACCGCCACCCGAUGGGGAUAAUCCGCCCCAGAAGUCCCCAGAUCCUGCGGCUGGCCCAGCUGUGUCCCGGGAGCUGGGGGAGGUGGACCCAGCUUCUCUCUCCGCCGCCCUGGAAGCAGAGUUUGAUACUUCUAGUGCGUUGAGUCCACGAAUCGAGGAACGAGAACUUUCUGAAAAUGCCAGCCUUCCUGCAGAAGAAACGAACGGGCCAGAGCUGGGGUCUGGAGAAACCAUGGAAGGUGGAGGUGUGUCUGAGGAACUCGGUCCAGAGGAUGGAGACACCAUCUGGAACUACAGCUUCUCCCAGCUACCUCGAUUUCUCAGUGGUUCCUGGUCAGAGUUCAGCACCCAACCUGAGAACUUCUUGAAAGGCUGCAAGUGGGCCCCUGAUGGUUCCUGUAUCUUGACCAAUAGUGCCGAUAACAUCCUGCGGAUUUAUAACCUGCCUCUGGAGCUGUACAAUGAGGGGGAGCAGGUGGAAUAUGCAGAGAUG